CUACUUGUGCAGCCUGAUUUUCUACAUGGUGAUGAACGCUUCGUGUUCGUUUGUGAAUGAUUGGUAAAAUCGAGUUUGAGUAUUACUUACUUGCUGGCAACUCUCUGAGGAUAUUCAUCAGUCCGAUCCUUGAAAGUACAUAAAAUAGAGGAACAAUGGCCAAUAUUUACUCAGCUCUAAUCACGGGUGCUAGUCAAGGAAUAGGAUUGGAGUUCGUUACUCAGUUCUUGACUAAUCCCUCAGUCAACGUUCAAAUUAUCAUUGCAACUUGUCGCAACCCUGAAAAUGCCACGGCUUUGCAGGAGGUGAAAAAAACUAGUCCCAAAGUUCAUAUUCUAAAAUUAGAUGUAACGCAAUUUGAUACGUACGAGAAAGUAGUCAGUGAGGUUGAAAAUAUCGUCGGGAAAAAGGGAUUAACCUUGCUCAUAAAUAAUGCCGGGUACAUGCCAGGAAUAGAGGCUCUAGAUGGCGUUACACCUGAUGCACUCAUUACAACGAUCACAAUCAAUAGCGUUGCCCCUGUGAUACUGACAAAGGCAUUUCGUCCAUUAUUGAAGCGAUCGGCUCAAGUUAACGCAACCAAAGGGGAUGGACUUUCCAUGCAGAGGGCGGCAGUAUUCAACAUAAGCUCGUUUCUCGGAUCGAUUGCUUUGAAUGAUAAAGCCAUGCGCUGGUGUUACCGAGAAAGUAAGGCUGCUUUGAAUAUGAGCACGCAAUCCUUGGCGAUUGAGCUGGAGAAGGACGGGAUUCUAGUGGAGUCCUUCCAUCCAGGACACGUUCGAACUAAAAUGGGAGGUGCUCACGGGGCCAUCGACGCCACAACCAGCGUGAACGGACUCAUCGCGACUUUCCUCAAACUAAAGGAGAAGAACAAGAAAGGUUUCUACACGUGGGAAGGCAACGUAAUGCCUUUUUAAAAAAAGACGCAAUAACAAUUUUGCUCUUUCCUAGCGAAAAUUACACCUGCUCAGUCUUGAGUUAAUUUGUUACAUGCAGUUUUUUGUAAUGAAGCAUGCAUUUAAAUUUUGAUACUUUUUCGAGAGAAUUGUCUUUAUUCUUCGCAUUUAUUUUUUGAGAUAGUAACAAUGUUAAGGUAAAUCACUACGAAUGUACCCAGA